GAUCCCAAGAGAAGAUAAAUCGGACGUUGUGAUUGGUUCAUAAUAACAUGCUAAUUGGACCAAAUAAUAUAUAAGUGGCUAAAGAAGAAGCAAGAAUCAGUUAAUCCUAUCAGAAGAAAAAAGUUGUACAUCUAUAUCCAGUUUUAUAAACAAAAUGAUGGCGUUUAAUCUAACCCGCGACCAUUAUGUGCCUGAACAUCAAUAUCUGCCCAAUAUAAAAUUAGAGGACGACGAUGUUUAUUAUCAACUGAACGAGUCCAAAUACAACCCAUUUGUUGAAUUAUCAAGACUAAAUAACGAAUUCAAAAUGCCACCGAUAUCUUCUUUUUGCGCUUCACCCUCCUUACCUGGUACAAUAAAUACAAAUAACGGACUUAGAAGUGAUUAUUUAGGCUCCUCCGAUGGAGAGUGCUCUCCGAAAAGUGUCGAUGAGAAUGAAAUUGUAGAUAAUGUAAUGAACUCCGUUUCUUGUAUCAGAGGAGUAAGGACUAUAACUCGAAAUCCUGGAAGACUUACAAGACAACGCGGAGGAGGGGCAGGAAAAACACGGGGAAGAGGGAGACGAAACGAACAAGUUUUACCGAAAGAAAAAGAUCGAGCACGCUUGUUUAAUGAAGCAUUCGAUGGUCUUCGUAAACGUAUUCCAUCAAUCCCUGCGAGCAAAAAACUUUCCAAGAUUGAAAUAUUAAGACUUGCCAUAUGUUAUAUGUCAUAUUUAAAGUUUUUAAUAGAAAAAGAUUUACCACAAAGAACUAAUCCUCAAAAUACCACGGCAACCGACCCUUCGUUGACACGCUCACGGCUACCAGAAAACCAUAUUAACAGUGUCCAGACCUCCGUAGUUCAUGAAGAAAAUAUGAGACUUUGUUGACAUAUAGCAGUGUCGCGUUUUAUAUGAUGACAUUAUGAAGUCAUAGCCGUUUAUUUGAUGUAGAUAUAUUUUUUUAUCGAAAAUUUUAAAUAAACAUUUUUUUUAGAUGUCAGAAAAAUAUUUAAGGUUUGUUAUGAGAAGAAAAGAAAGUUAUUGACCAUUAUAAGAAUUAAGAAUCUUGAUUAGAUUUUAUUUCAAUAUUAUUAAAGACAAAUCAAGUCUAAAUAUUUUCAUUUUCUGUGAAACACUUUUCAAUUUGUUGCAACUUUUUUCAGUUCUCUGGACUUACAUAUUUCUCAUGAUGGCAGACUUCAACUGUGUGUGAAUGGUUGUCUAGACAAUUUUGCGUUAAUUAAUUUUAAAAUAGUUUUUUACAGACAUAUUUUUUUCUAUUAUAUUUUAUAAACCUGUUGUUACGAUAUUCAGAUUUUGUAUUUAUUUCCUCAAAUUUUAUAAGAGUUUUACACAAACAAUCCAAUGGUAAUA